CCUUUAUGCAUUGUCAAAAUCUGUCAAUUGAUGGUUGACGUUAAAGUGAGUAAUUAAAAAUAAAAACAAAAAAAAUGUAAUUUAUUACUUUAUAAGAUAUAAACAAAUUUACAAAUAGUUCAAUAGAGAUUAAUAUUUACAUUUAAAAAUUAUAACUGAAAUAUUUUUAAAAAUGAUUUGAAAUGUUUGAUGCUUUUGAGGAAAUUGGAAUACCCAAAAAGUAUAUAAAGAAAACUAAUAAAGAAGAUAGAUUUGUUGCUUUUGUGAGUAAAUUAUGGCUUAAGAAUUUAAUAAAGCAUUUGAAGUUAACUGAGUUUAUCGAAAAACCAAAUUUUCAAGCAUGGCCUACAGCAGAAGAAGAACUUGGUCCAUCUUGGGUAAAAGUAUUGAUCUCUUAUGUUCUAAAAAGAGAUUGCAAAAUAUUUCCUCUCCCAAAGAUUCGUUCAUCACAAGAUGAAAAUCCCUUAUUGUUUUCUUUACUGAUGGAAUAUGUCAGUCAAACUAAUUUUAUCAACUUGUGGAAAAAAGCAUAUAAAAAAUAUGUUUCUAAAAACUCCAAUCGUGAAACCAAAAUUGUAUUAACUGAAUAUAACAUUGUUUUAAGAGAAAUAGUAACAAGAAUAUAUGGGUGUCCUAUAAUUAAUACUUAUGAGGAGAGUCUAAAUGUAAGCCAGUCUGCUCAAUUUCAUGUACAUCUCAAUAUUUUUCCUGCACUUUGUGCUGUGGAAACUCCAAAAGCAAUGUUUAUAUUCCAUUUACCUUAUAUAGAACACAAUAUUAAUGAUUGUGUAACAUUUUCCCCUGCAAUACUGGAUAAAAGUCAUACUAAGUCUCUGUUUAUUGUUUAUCAGUUACUUAAUGUAUUGAAAACUUUACAUGAAAGAAGCCUAACUCUUGGAGAUAUAACGUUAAAUGAUAUAUUUGUAAGUGAAGAUAUGUGGAUAUAUAUUUUUCCUCAAAUAACCUCAAACUUACAUUGUGAUGAAAAUUUAUAUAAAGCUAGUGAAACAAAUACUGCAAAUAAAUUGAAUAGUAUCAGGAACAUUAAUGGCAACAAGAACUAUAGUUUUUACAGCUCUCACAUUUAUGAUGUUGUACAAGUUAAAGAUGAAAGUUUAAAUGAUUUGUGCCAGUUAUGGAUAAACGGAUUAAUUUCAAAUUUUACUUACAUAUCAGCAUUGAAUAAAUUAUCUGGUAGAGUAUUAGGAGAUCCCAACUGCCAUUAUGUUUUUCCAUGGGUUACCGAUUUUACAUCGGCAUGUGGAAGAAAUUGGAGAGACUUGAAAAAAUCUAAAUUUAGGUUAAAUAAAGGAGACCACCAACUUGAUCUCACAUUUGAUACCAGCCAAUCUCAGGUUCCUCAUCACGUUUCUGAUGUAUUAUCUCCUAUUACGUACUAUGUAUAUAUGGCUAGGAAAACCCUGAAAUCAGUACUCUGUAAAAAUGUUAGAACAAUAUGGGUGCCUGCUGAAUAUCCCAGCUCUAUCCAAAGGAUACAAGAGUGGACUCCGGAUGAAUGUAUUCCAGAAUUUUAUACAGAUCCAAGUAUUUUUAGAAGUAUACACGAAGAUUUAGAUGACUUAUCUGUUCCUGCCUGGGCAUCAGAUCCAGAAGAAUUUAUAGAGAAUCAUAGGAAGGCUUUGGAAAGUCCAAAUGUAUCAGAGAAACUACAUUAUUGGAUUGAUCUUACUUUUGGCUAUAAAUUAAGUGGUAAUCCAGCAAUAAGAUCCCGUAAUGUAUGCCUAAAUUUAGCUGAUGAACACGAGAAUUUAACAAAAUCCGGAUUAGUUCAAUUAUUUUCUCAUCCCCAUCCACCAAGAGCCACUGAUUCUCAGUAUUUUGCCAAAAUUCCUCCAAGAGUACUUGUGAAUCAAUAUUGUAGACAUAGAUCUAGAGUUCGCAACAAUUCCGCAAUAAGUACUCAUGAAUCAAACACCAGUGAUGAUGAAAGAUUAACAAAUGAAAAUUCAAAUAACAUGCUUUUUUGUGGUCGAUCUUCUUUGAAUGAAGAUGUUACAAAUAAAGCAAUUCGAAGUUCAAGUACACAUCGAAGUGAAUUAUUGAGCAUUAUUAAUAGACCUAUUGAAACGCCUAUUAAUACCUUGGUAUUAUCUGAAACGAUUAAUUUGCCAAAGGAUUAUAAACCUGAAUUUCUAUUAGAAGCUUUUGAAAAAAAACAUAAUUUUCUCUCGAAGACGUUUUACCAAAACUACAAUGGAAACAUUCAGGAUAUUAAAACUGAUAGGCAUUAUUCUCUACUAACCGAUGAUGAAAUAUAUAGACAAAAGUUGAAAUGUCGUCAAUCAAACCAAAUAAUUAACCAAAAUGAUUUUAUUGUAACAUGCAAUUAUGUAGAUAUAAUUACUUCUAGACGUAUUAAUGAAUUAAAAGUAUUAGGGUGUCUUAUAUUAGAAAUAUUUAUGGCUAAACAAUUGCGUCCAGUAGGCUCUAUAAACUCCAGUACUACAUUAGAGAAUCGCUUAAAAUGCUGUUUAUCCAUUUUGAACAGUUGUGAUAUACCUCCAUGCAUUUCGUAUAUUGUCAAUUUAUUAUUACAACCAGAGAAAGAAGAAUAUACGGGUGUGACUGACAUGGGAUUACCACCACCCAGCGCUUAUUUACUAUUAGAACCGCUCAUGCAUAUGACCAUUCCAUUUUCCAAACAUUUUCCAUAUCUUUAUGAACUCUUACAGAAUCUCAAAGAAUUUAAAAAUGUAUCUGUUGAAUUAAGUAUAUUGUAUCAUUUUGAUUGUGACGGUCAAAUGUGUUCUGAGUAUGAAAACUUGGAGAAAACAAAAAUAUUAUUUGCUCAAAAUAUAGCGGAAUGUAAAGUAAAGAUGUGUGCCAAGCAAUUAGAUAUUCUUCUGGAUGAUAUCAAUUAUACUGACAAUGAAAUAGUGUACAUAAUUUUGCCACAUAUUAAAGAACUUAUUGAAGACCCUCCUACUUCAGUGUUGGCAGCAUGGUACCUCUUUGAACCUAUUUCAAGAGUACUAGGCCCUCAGAAAACAGCAAAGUAUUUAUUAGAUCCUAUUUUAAAACUUUAUGAAAAUGAAUGUGUCGAUACUCAUUUACCUUAUAUUAAAAAAAUUGCCAAAUUAUACCACCACAGUUUUCUCCUAUGUUUAAUGGUGAGGCUAGGUUUAAAAAAGUUUUUAGAAAAUUUUGUAGUACCACUUGUCGAGGCGGUUGGUGGUUAUAAGGAUUACGAUUUAGUUGAUUUUGUCUUACACAAUCAUUCAGAGAAAAUUGCAAAAAGAAAUUCUCACCUGAAGAUAAUAGAGUCCGACCAAAUGGAUGUUAAUAAAAGUGAUAAUGGUGACCCCACUAAUCAACAAAGUAGUAAACAUUUACAAGGAAAAGAUUACAUUGUUAGGGAGGAGGUGUUUGAAAUAGAAGAAGAAAAGAAUAAUGAGGAUCAAAUGAAAUUUUUAUUAGAACAUCUUCAAUUGAAUGUCUCAUCUGAAUUACCAUUUAAUCAUUCAACUGCAGAAGAAGCAAUGGAAACGUUAAUUCAUACUAACGCUGAGCUAGUCUUACAUUCAGAAGAUGAAAUUAGUGAUUCUUCAGAUACCAUGAAAUCACCUACGAUUCCUAUUCCUCAAACUCUGUACAGUAAUGUGACAAAUAUAACCUGUGAAGUUGGUAGCAAAAAGAGUGAAACCGAAUUCAGUGAACAAUCAGUGACUCCGAAUUUUCCAAAAACUGAAUUUCAAAGAUCAAAAUCUAGUACAAAAAUAUCUGAAAUGAGCGCUGACAGUUUGGUAUGGUUAUCACAUCGAUUAGGGCCACUAUUGUCAGCGAAAUAUUUAUCUAGAAAUUUGUUAAAAAUGCUUACUCUUUGUUAUAUUGGUAAAGACAACAUAUCCUCUUAUGUACCUGAUGGUUUAUAUAAUUUUAAGGAUAUUUCAAUAACUUCGCAUUUCAUAAAAGGUGAUCAAGCUACUAUUAAGAUCCUUGAAUGCUUAACAAACAUUUCAGCUCUUUACGGAGAACAAAUAAUAAUAUUUCAAUACAUUCCAUACAUGACUGAAUUAAUAACUCUUAGCAAAAAACGAAUAACGCCUAAUUUGGAAGGAGGGUUGAUAUCAUGUUUGACCCUUUUGAAAAGUAUAAUUCCUUAUCUAACAGAUGGUACGCUGAUGAAUCAAUUACAGGAUGUGAUAUUAACAUGUAUACUCCACCCCAUCAUAAGAUUGCUAAAUUCAACAAAUCAUGUAUUUCCUAGCGGUAGUACUGCGCGAAAUACUUUGGCUAGAAAGUACUUAGAUGUUAUUUAUAUUCUCUCAAUAAGGAUAGGGGUUGAUAUGACUAAGAAAUAUUUAUUAGUACCGGCGUUACAGAGAUUCUUUUUGAUUUUUGAUAAGGUUUAUACUAAUUCUGAUGAAAGCGAAAAGGCUUGUCAUUUAGAAUCAAUAGGACAGUCAAACACAGAAGAAGAAACAAUUAAUGUAUUGCAAAGAAGGGCAUCUGAAUUAACCGAAACCCCUCAAGCGUCCGAAGAAACUGUAGAAAAAAGGGCAUUAUUAGAGAUUAUCGACGUAUUUACUAAGGAACUAGCACAUACGGCCUAUCUACCUUUCGUCAAACUUUUGGGUUUGAACUGCUUAGAAACUGCCUUAAAUAAUUAUGAUAAGAUUUGUAAACUUUGUCAGGAAUAUGAGGAUGAAAUUAAAAAUUCUAAUGUUAAAACAGUUUCAACUCUUAAACUGUCAGAUUUUAAUGUAUUUACCCCUUUAGUCACUUCUUCGAGUAUUGGCAGUAACAUAGCCCUUGUUGGGAAUAGGAUCGAUAUUCAAUCUGAAAAUGUAGAUAGCAUUAAUAUGGAUUUAUUAAGCUUGGUUAGUAAUAGAAUCGAAAAUUCAAGUAGACAUCUACGAGGAAAUUGGUUAGCAUAUUGGGAGUAUGAAAUAGGCCGAUCAGAAAAAGACGUCCAAUUGAAUUUCAAGCAAAUCAAACUUCAAACAUUCGUUGGUCACACUCAAAGUGUAAAAUGUUUGCAUGUUUUGGACAAUGAAAACAGCUUUAUGUCAGGAAGUCGUGAUAAAACUGUGAAACUCUGGUCUCUACGUAGUCAGGGAGACGGUUUCGCUACUUCUACGUGUCAAUGGACAUAUAGUUCUCAUAAAAAGUCCAUUUUGUCAAUAACAUUUCUAGAAAGUUUGAGGUUAGUCGCAUCAUGUGAUAGCAUAGUUCACAUUUGGGAUCCCUUCAUGGGAGCAAAUGUGGGUAAUUUAGAAUCUCCUAAAUUUGCUCCUGUCAAUACAUUGAAAAGUAUGCCAGCACCAUCUACCUUGGUAUUCGCAGCUACCACAGAUGGUACUGUUAAAGUUCUAGAUACUAGAGUUCUUAAUUACAUAUAUGAAUUGAAAGUAAGUAGAAUGAGUCCCAAUCUUUCAAGUUUAAUCCGUUGUUUAGCAAUAGCACCAUCUGGCAACUGGGUAGCAGCAGGGCAGUCGUCAGGUUUUAUCACGAUUUUAGAUACUAGAACUGGCCUCAUUAUAGCGAAUUGGCGAGCACACGAGAGUGAAGUAUUACAACUGGAAGUUCACAAUGAGGACAGUUUAGUUUCAAGUAGUUUGGAUCAAUCGACUAGUGUGUGGAAUGCGUCAGAUGGAAAACUAAAAUUCCAUAUGAGGGGGACUACAGAGCCUGUCCAUUGUCUUAGUAUCCACAAUAAUGAAUUGAUAUCUGGAACAACAGGAAACCGUAUAGGAGUUCACUCGUCAAUAACUUGUGAUGCAUCCUUCUCAAAUAAUAAACUUAGAGGCGAUUCUUUUAAGGGGCUUCUCACUUCUAUGGAUUAUUUGCCUCUUAAUCGUUUACUUCUAUUAGGAGCUGAUACAGGCAAUAUUAAUUUGUUGUGUUAAACAAAUAGUUUAUAUAUUCGAAAAUUUACGUAUAUACACAAAAGUAUUUUAAAUAAAUAAAUUUUAAUAGUAA